AUGGAAUUAUCUCUCACCACCUGCUCUAGGCCAAGGACAGAAAGGAAUAUCCUAGAAAUUAACCAGGAGUUGUGCUCCCAGCUAGCACAAAGCAAACAGCAGUUCAGAGACCUCAAAGAGAAAUUCCUUAUAUCUGAAGCUACUGCCUACACCCUGGCCAACCAGCUGCAGAAAUACAAAUGUGAAGAAUACAAGGCCCUCACUGAAUCCGUGCUGGGAGAGGAGCUGCAGUUUGAGGAGGAGAGACCAGCUGCAAGGAUUGGGAAAUACAAUUCCCUAAUUUUGGCUCAGGCUCAAGAACUGAUCCAUUUACGUCAGAAGAUACAGGAAGGGAUUGGUGGCUGUUACCUUUUCACAGAGCAUGUGAAAAACACCAUCAAGACUUUUGAGGACUUCAUCAGGAUUACUAACAUUGCCAACUACCAGAGACAGAGAUUCUGUGAUCAACUGGCCCAAGGAAGCCAACUGGCAGAGCGCCUCAUCAGCAAACUCACCACUG